CAUUAGGGUUAUGGCUCGGACCGUUAUGCCCGUGGCCAAGGGCUUCCUCUUGAACUUCCGCUGGGGCGUCAAUUUCCCCCGGAGCUUCGCCUCCAAAAUGCCAAGCUUAACCGUUAAUAAGAUACGUUUAGAGAGGGUUGAGGAAGCAAAGGAUAAUAAUGACAAUAACAAAGAGGCUUCCGUCAACGAUUUGCAACUGUUGAAGGGAAUGUGUUUGUGGAUGGGGAGAGACUUGGAGAACGUGGAGAGGGAAAACAGGGAGAUGAAGCGCGUUUUGGAUGAGGUCAAAUUGGGGAUUUCAACAGCCAGAAAAGAAAUUUCGCUGCAACAACCCAAUCGAACGAGUGAAGGCUCUGGCUCUGGGGAGUUUCAGCGUUGGAAAAGUUACAAGAGUGGGAAACAAGAGGAUGAUAGAAACCAACCAAACAAGUCGCAGAGUGACGUGGAAGCUGAGUUACAGAAAGCCAUCAAGGCCGCUACUACCUCUUAGCAAGGUCAUGUUCCUUGUUACUUUUUUUCAAUGUGUAUAAAAUCUCGGCUUCUCUUUUUUGUUAAUUGAUUAAUUACAUUACUACUAUACCAGUUUGUUAAGGGUAAUAUAAUCAAAUUAUCAUUUAUGUGGAUGAGAGGAGGCAUGUUAGAAUUUUUGUA